ACAGGCUAAUUAGCGAGCGAGCUAACGGUGGAUAGUUAGCCUGAUAGUUAGGCUAGCUAGGUGGCUAGCAGAGUUUUCCAGACCGCUGAAGUGUUGUCAGCAGCCGUGGUGGAUCUGUUAAACCUCGUUUAUGUAGCUGAGUGUCAGUAAUUAGUCUGGGUAAAGAGUCUGAGUCGUAACGUACAGUUUAACCCGCCUGUUGAGUGAGCUAACGGUCUGAAGAUUUCCAUUUAAAUGGCUUGAACCUAACGGACAGUUGCUUUGAAACUGUUGGCUGUAAAAUUGUAUUGACACCACUGACACAAAGCUGUGCCCAGUACUUUCAUACUAUUAAACAUUGAACACCAGUGAAGAAUCCAGAAUGCCACUUGGAUUGGGGCGAAGGAAGAAGGCGUCGCCACUGGUGGAAAAUGAGGAGGCAGAACCCAUCCGUGCCGGUCUCAACGUGCCUGGGCUGGAUGGGCUUGACGGCAGUGGGGUCGGACUUGCUGAGGGCGCAGCACAGGAAGGCCUGCCGCCUCCACCUACCAACCUUCGCCCUCGCCUGAUUUUCCACACCCAGCUGGCACACGGCAGCCCCACAGGACGUAUCGAAGGAUUCAGCAACGUCCGUGAGCUCUAUGCCAAGAUCGGAGAAGCGUUUGGGAUCCCACCUGCAGAGGUUAUGUUUUGCACACUAAACACCCACAAGGUGGACAUGGACAAACUGCUGGGUGGCCAGAUUGGACUGGAGGACUUUAUUUUUGCUCAUGUGAAGGGCCAGAGGAAAGAAGUAGAAGUGUUCAAGGGGGAGGAUGCUCUCGGACUCACGAUCACUGACAAUGGAGCAGGCUACGCUUUCAUUAAGAGAAUAAGGGAGGGCAGCAUCAUCCAUCAAAUCCAGGUCAUAAACGUUGGGGACAUGAUUGAGUCAAUCAAUGGACAAAUACUUAUCGGAUGUCGACACUACGAGGUUGCCAAGAUGCUCAAGGAGCUGCCCAGGGGGAAGAACUUUGUCCUGAAGCUGGUGGAACCAUUAAAGGCCUUUGAUAUGAUCAGUCAGAGGACCGGGGGCAGGUCCGGCUCAGGGGUCCAGCUAGGCACUGGCAGGGGAACGCUACGCCUGAGGUCCAAAGGACCCGCAACAGUAGAGGAACUGCCUUCAGCGUUUGAGGAAAAGGCAAUUGAAAAGGUUGACGAUCUGCUGGAGAACUACAUGGGUAUAAGAGAUAGUGAGCUGGCUGCUACGAUGGUGGAGUUGGGGAAAGACAAGAGGAACCCAGAUGAGUUCGCUGAGGCCUUGGACGAGACGCUGGGUGACUUUGCCUUCCCAGAUGAAUUUGUGUUUGACGUGUGGGGUGCCAUCGGUGAUGCGAAGGUCGGUCGGGUCUAGUGCUGGAAAUGGGAGACGGCGGAAUUUGAAUAGGGUCCAGGCAGAGGCGUUUAAAGAAGGUGGCCCAGCCACCAAUCACAGCGCUACUACAAAACACUAUAGCACCCUUAUAGUGUCUGUUUAUUAUUUUGAGUUUUACAAACCGAAUUACUUCAGCUGUCUUUGUCGGGAGCGUACUCUGGGAGUGUUUUUAGUUUUUUUUUUUUUGUUUGUUUUUUUUUUGUUGUUUUUUUUUAAAUGCAACUUGUAUGCAAAACUCUAAAUUCCUUUUUCUUCUGACCCUUUCCGUCUUUAUCCUAAUGCUGUUGCUGUUGAGCUGGCCCUUAAGAUACACUAAUGUGAAAUACAGAUGUUAGCGCUUGUAUUUCUUUGAACUUUAGACACUAAUUGCGUUUGAUAAUUGCUAUGAAAAAAAAAAAAGUCUCACCAUUGUACCACUGGCAGAAAAGUUUACUUGGCUUUUCAGCACCUUUUCCAGGUUUCUGGUACCUUUGGGAGACGUGUAGGGACCGUGGAUUACUCGUCAUCCCCGAGACUCUUUACAAACUGUGAGCUUCACUUUGCACUGUGUUGCACUGUUGCGCUGUAUGGACUGCACUGUGAUGCACGGUAGGCCUGCACAAUAUUCUUAUUAGUCACGGUGCCCCUAGUAGUUACUUGUUGAAUCUUUUUUUUUUUUUUUUUUUGCAUAUUACAGUAUUUUGCAAUAUUAUUAUUACAAUGGAUGAUGUCACAAAACAGUAUGUUGUUUGGGGUUGGAAGCAAUUGUUCCUUUGAAACAAGAUUCUCAAUAAUAGAUGAUAUUUUCAUGAUUUCAAAUCACAAGUAUUUUACUGUUACAUAUUUAGUAUGUUUAGGAUAGUUUUCACUUGCCUUUUGUUUUACAAGGUAAAGUGAACCACAGGUAUUUACACUUUGUAGACAAAUGCAUCUCCAGUGAGUCAUACUGAAAUCUGAUUACUGUUUGGGAUGUAAUUAGCAAAUUUAUAGGUGCAUCUCAAAAAAAUAGAAUAUGAUUGAGAAGUUACUUUACUUCAGUAUUUAAGUUCACAAUGUGAAACUCCUAUAUUAUAUAGAUGUAUUACACACAGAGUGAUCUAUUAUUAUAAGCGUAUAUUUCUUUCAUAAAUUACUGAAAUAAAGUACAUUUUUUAUGAUAUUCUACUUUUUUGAGAUGCAUCUGUACUUGUAAAAAUAAUAUAAUGAUAUUUCUGGGUAUUUAUGCGAUAAUUAUAUUUUUGGCAAUAUAAUAAAACAUGCAUUUAAAGACAGAUUGACUACUGUGACUACUAAGAGUGUCUACUGCAAUAAAACAAAUAUGAAAAAAAAAUAUAUAAAAAUUUAAGUUCUUACAAAGACUUACAUAGAUAAAGUAAUACAAUAAAAAUCUACCAUCAAAACUAAAGAGCAGCAUAAUAGGUGCUCGAGUAUCAACAGCCAACAAACAAAAACAAAAAAUAACACGUAAAUAGCUAAACAAAUACAAAAUAGGCUCAAUUUAAUAUUAUAAUUAUUAUGAUAUGAUUUUUUUUUUGUGUCAAAAAUGCUUGUGGUAUUACCACAAACGAUAUUAUAUGGCUGUUAUGUUUAAUGGCUAAUAUGUUUGCUGGUGUUUUGAUAGGUGCUAGGAAUAGUUUUAGUUGUACUGGAGGGGGCUUGAGUGCAUCUCAGAUCACCUCCUGAAGUGGUGUGAGUAACUGGAUUUCUGAGUAUCUGGUUUAAAUGUUAAAUCUGGUUUAAAUGUCUUGUUUGUGUUUACACUUGUAUUUUUAUAUGGUUUUGUCUUAUCCAGAUAUAAUCAUGAGUCUCAAGAUGCAUGAAGUGACCAGGUGUAAACAGGGUCGCUGAUUUACUUGAAACACCACAAUAGGUGUAUUAAAACCAGAUACAAAUCCGAUUGCUCAAACCGCUUUAGGAGGUGAUGUAACACUCAAUUAAGCCAUGUGUUAUAGAAGUGUAAACACACACAUCCGAGAUGCAUUUGAGUACCAAGUAUAAAUGCAUGUGGCUAAAGUCUUGCCAGGAUACAAUCCAGAUAAUGGUCACAUGAAACUACCAGGUGUGAACAGGGUCUAGAAUGCUUUAGGGGAAUUGGAUCCAGAUUAUUUUUCCAAAAAGGAAAAAGUACUACAGUAAAUUUGACUGUCUAAAACCCUGAGUGCUGCAGUUCAUAAUACACUAUAUAUUGUGCAGCUCUAAAGCACAGCCAGCACAACACAGUGUAGAACCACACACACACACACACACACACACACACACACAUACACGUAUAUACGCCUGCUGGUCAGCAUACACUGUGUAGUGCUGCUCUGGCUCUUGCAUGUACAGUGCAGUUUGGAACCACUUUAAAAGAUGUUACACUACAAUGACUCCUUCAAGCAUGUACUGUCAUGUUUUAUAUUCUUUAUAUUGUCUUGUUUUAUAUGAAGGAAUGAAGCCUCAGUGAUGUUUUUAACCAAAUUGCCUUUCUAUGUUUUUUUUUUUUUUUUUAAUUAAUGGAUGGCAUGCUGUUGUUCAUUCCACACACUCCUAUGCAUAAUUUUGUCUAGGGAUGCAUGAAUACCGAUACCGAUCAAUAUCGGGCCCAAUACCAUUCAAAUGUAUUCGUGCUCGCGAAACCGAGGCCCCGAUACCAACAUCCAAUUCCUAUUGCACAUUGCUGCACUGAAUAAUAGAUAGAUAAUGAUAAACUUUUAUCGCUCAAGUCCGAAUUAUACAUACUGAUUCCCGCAGAACCACAGCACUGGAGAUGGAACGAGUGAGAAAAUGAGUAGAAAAAAAAAGAGAGAUAUAUAGAGAGAAUACAACUGUCUAAACACCAGCAGUUCAGAAAAACAUAAUUCAUGAAGUACCCUGUAAGAAGCUGUGCAGCAUCACAUUUUGGAGUGAUGUGGGGAGAGAGCAUUACUAUCCACCGUGAGAGACCAAGGCCAAUUAUGCUCUCUCAGGGGCUCCAGCAGCUGAUGGCUAGCUGCAUAACCGGGAUUCAAACCAGCGACCUCUCGAUCAUAGUGAUAGCGACUUAGUCACUUUAAACCACUCUGAGCCCCAGCCCCCAAAAUUUAUAUAAGCACUUUUUUACACUAACAGCUACCCUAUUACGUAAUCCUUAUCCUGAUCAAUUAAUCCGGAAUAGGUUUUGGUAUCGGCGAGAACAAAAAUAUAUAUACUUGUACUCGGUUAGGAAAAAUGGUAUCGAUGCAUCCCUAAAUUAGACAUUUGUCUCCAAAUUCUAGAACAAGUUUUCCACACACUGGCUGUCUUAAAUGUCCAGAACAGUGUCCACUUUAUAAUAGCAACAAAAAAAUGCAGUGAUGUUUUGAGAUACUUUGAGAAUCUCAAGUAUGAAUCUGUAUGAAAUGAUACUUAAAGUUGUAUCAUCUUUUUUCCCCCAAAUGUUUCCAAAGAUUCCAGCAGUUAUUCACUCUUUUCUUCUCAGACAGGCUAUGUGAUGGGUCUGGACAGACGUGUUUAUUAAAAAGAGUGUGUGGGACAAAUUAAAGCAUGCCCUAGAUAUUGAUGGAAGGUGAUUUGGAUUAAAAAUAGCUGGUUUUGAAGCCUGUAAACUGAGUAAAAGUGACUGCACUGUAAACUUUAUUUUUGGUAGAUUGCCUUUCAAAGGAAUAUUUUAGGGUUUUUCUACCUAAAAUAAUUCAUACAUAUAGAUAUUUUAAUACAAUAGAGGCACAUCAGAUUCUAUUUGUUUAAUCAGCUAGCCUCAGUCUUUUAAGCAACUGGUUAAUUGUGCAUAUGUGCCUCCGCUUAGUUGAAAUGAAAACCUGCACAAAAAAAAAAAAAAAGGAAAUUAUUUGAAAAGUAAAUCUGUUGAAAUAGUCAUAACACCAGCUUUAAAGCAUGGUGGCGGUGGGAUUCUCAGGUGUUUCUACAGGACAUUGACCCCAAACAGGUGGUUCAUGAAAACCAAUUAAUUUAAUUGAACUCUAUUAAUUAAACUCGUAAAAAAACAAGUUACGAAUAAAAAUUUAAUAAAAACUCGUAAUGUCUUACCAUGUACCAUCAUGUAUCUUACAGAUUGUGAGCACAAACAUACAAACAUUUGGUUGUCAUUUAUUAGUUUCUUUGCAAUUUGGAAUAGAUGGAAAAACCCUUGAUUAUUCCUUUCACAUGGCACACAUUCCCACUUCCUCCAGAAGUGAUAUAGAAGCUUGUUUUUAUGAGUGAGCAAACGAGAGAGGUGUGUACACUACAUUUUCUAAUAUCCGUUACUGUUAUUUAGUAAACCUUUGGUGAACUGCAGCCUAUUGCCAAACUUCUGAGAACGGUUUUCUAACAGAUCAGUAUUAAAGCAGUAUUCAUAGAAUAUUACCAGCAGUAUUUCAGCUGUUGCAUCAUCUCCGGCUUUGAGCACUGAAAAAAAAGAAAGAAAAAACAUCCUUGAGGUCUUAUUUAAAUGUCAAACUGGAACAAGGCCAUGAUUUCAAGAUCUUCGUUAUUAUAGCUUUUGAGAGAGACAUUGGAGAGAUUUGAGAGAGAAUUCUUUGGCCUUGGGAUCUCGUAUCUCUUAUUACAGUGUUAUACACUCUUAAAAAUCCUAAAAAUAAAGAUGAUACACAGUGUUCUUUGAGGGAUAUAUUUUAAUAUAGAAAUAGUUUUUUUUUAUUUUUUAUUUUUUUAAAGAUCAGCUCUUGCAAAAGAGACUGUAAGUGAGUAAGUGAAAAAACAUUUUGAAGGUUGAAAGAAGAAAUGUUCACUUAAUGUUAAGAUGAUUGAUUUUUUUUUUUUUUUUUGUCAUGUGAUACGACUCAAAGAAUCCUUUGUAGCAGCUUUAUUUAUAUUUUAGGGUGUACUCACACUAGGCACGGUUUGGUUGAAUUGUGCUGGAGCAGAGUUCUUCCCCCUCCCCACUCCCCCGCUGACCUGCACUCACACUGCGUUUAAACAAUCCGUUCCCAAGCUCACUUACGUCAUUGAUCACUGCUCAGUAGGCUUGCCAUUGUUGUGCAUUGUUGUGAAUUUAGCACCCCCACCAUGUAAAGCACCCUCUCUCGGGAGCGCAUAUAUACAGUCUUCUUGAUAAAAGCGAGACAAUAGGAUAUAAUCUGCUUUAACUUACUUAGAAAUAUGCACCAAAAGUCACGGUUAUCUCAGUCACGGUUACAUACAUAGCGCCAUAGUGCACACUCCAGAGAGAGGGUGCUUUUCCUGGUGGGGCUGCUGAAUUCAACACAACAUCAAGCCAUGUUUGUUUACAGGAACAUCACUGACGUCAUCAUCCAUGGUUAGGAGCGAUUACACUAGUGAAACUAGCCGUGUUUUGGGGGAGGUAAAUGUGCAUGGGCACAACAUGGAUUGCCUAGUGUGAGUACACCCUAAGAGUGUAGAUUGGAUGUUGGAUGUUACAGUUACGCAAAUGUGGCUUAAUGUUUGCAGACAUGAGACACAUUUAGUAGAGGUAAGGGUUUGGGGUUGGGAUGGGUUUGAUAUAUAAUGAAGUUUAGAUAUCAGAUGAAUUUCCAGACUCUGGUAUAAUGAGAAGCACCAACAGUCUGGACCAGAUGUGUUUCAUAUGGUGACGAACCAAAGCGUUCGUUUUUCAGUAUUUAGCUGUGACUCUUUUUCUGGCUAAUCUUGUUUAAUGUCGGAAUCAGAUUUCUUUGUACUUUCUUUUCCUUUUUUUUUUUUUUUUUUACUUCUUGGUUUCCGGUGUUGCUUUUUACAAUGCGCCCGAAGCCAGGUCUGUUGUUGAUGAUUUGCUUUGUCUUCCUUCAGUGCUUGUUUGGAUGUAUAAUAGCCUAAAACCUGUUUUUAAGAAAAGUUAUUAGAUGCUGUUCGUUGCACUUGAUACUGUCUUGGUCUUUGAUGGUUUCAAUGUUAGACUGUUACAAUGUUACAAGUCUUGGACUACCGUUUAAAGCGCAAUAAUAAUCAUGAUUCAGAGUCUUAUGUCGUCAAUCAUGUCGUCAGGGCAGGAAUAUUGUUUACUCAGUUGUUACUUAUUGCACCGAUUUCUCAGCAUCAUUAAAAUGAACAAAGCACUA